UGCAAGAGCACUCCCAAACAAGAUGGCGGAACACGAAAGGAAGUAAGGAAAGCAGAAGGGUGAAGAUUUGAAUGAAUGAAGACUUGAAUAACUAUGAGACCCCCACCAGUCGUUACUGGAAUCUCUCCAGCUGAAGGACCCCCAGGAACAAGAGUCAUAAUUCGAGGUGAACAUCUUGGAAUUAACUUGAAAGACUUAGUAGGUUUAACUAUUUGUGGAGCCAACUGUCUACUGUCAGCUGAUUACAAAUCAACAAGUAAAAUCAUUGCAAGGACUGGACAAGCUAAACCUGGCAAAGGAGAGGUUAUUGUGACAACAAAGUCUGGUGGAAUAGGGACAUGCACAGUGCAGUUUAAAAGUCAACCCGUCAUUCCUGGAUCCAGAGGAGACAUCAACAGGAUCUGCUAGACCAGUAUCACCAACACUGAAUAAUGAUCCUUUAGGAAUCGCUGCUGAUAUUUUUGGCUAUAGGGUACCUGAAGACCAGUUGGAAGAAGUGUUUCCUGAAGGAAGUGGCAAUAUUCUCGCAGAGAACUUCUAUCCUGAAUGGUUUUUGUUAGAGAAACAUUGUGACACAAAUUUUGAUACUAUGAAGCAUGGUUUGCAUCACCUAAAAGAUGAACAGAUGAACAGGGCAAAAGGACCACUAGCUUUUGUCAAAGAGAAUCUGGCAACAUUUCUUGACUCUUUAGACACUUUGAUUACUGUCCAGAAAAAAAUGCUGAGAGAUGAGAGUGACUGUGAUGGGGGCUCAAUUGCUGAGAGGCURGAGAGUAUACUUCAAGGUGCCAGUAAGAAUGCUGAUGCAUUAUUCCAGGAUGUUUUAAGUCGAAAAGAUGAUGCUGAUAGGACAAGAAAUGCUCUUAAUGUCUUACARAGGUUUCGAUUCUUAUUCAGUCUUCCAACCAGUAUUGAGAGAAACAUAAAGCAGGGUGAAUAUGAAAUGGUUAUCAGCGAUUAUGCCAGAGCUAAGUCAUUGUUUGCUGAAACUGACAUCAAAAUCUUUAAAAAAGUACUUCAAGAGGUAGAGACAAAGAUUGAAUCUUUUAAAAAGGUCCUCAAGAGUAAAGUCCAAGAGUUUCCUUCUCCAYUAGAAGAACAGAAAAGGUUCAUCAGAUAUCUAGUUGAGUUAGACUAUGUUGGUGAUCCUGCCUGGGAAUGUCUUGUCAAUCAGCAUGCUUGGCUACUCAAGUUAUUGACCAGUUGUCAACGAGAUCAUCAGUCUAAAGACUUGGGACCAUUCCUUCAAGUGGAUGGUGCUGGUCCAGACACUGAUCACAUGGACGUUAGAACUCCAGUUGUUUUUAGACCUGAUUCACCUUCCCUUGGUAGAAAGGGGACAGGAAGUAAACCAUCUACUUUAGACAGACAGUUCAGGAGUACUCAGUCCACACCCCAACGUGUUCAGUUUGUUGAAGAGUUGUCUGAACUUGUGACGGAAACACUACCCGAUCUGUGGAAAUUGGGACAAGCAUACUUCAGCCAAACUCUACUUGGAGAGGAAUCCAGUACAUCAAGCAAACAGUUGACACCAACACCAGAGAAGGAAACCAAAUACCAAUCAAUGAUCAAUGAAGUUACAUUUCUCUACACCAACCUUGUGUYGUCAGCUUUCUUUGCUAGUUCAGUAACAAACCUCUUAACUGACAAACAAACCAAGUGGUCAACUAACAUGGAAGGAUUGGCGUCUUGUCUGUCAUCAUUGCGUUCUCUGGGACUUCCACCAUCUUCCCUUCACUGUGUACAUGAUUUGGUUGAUAAUCUAAGGUUACUGUGUGCUACAGAGGUGUUUGGAGAAGCUACGUCUGAGAUAAAGACACUUCACUGUAAUGAAUUGUGGAAUCUUGAAAAAGAUGAGAACAUAGGACGAAUCACUAGUCUUCCGUUGUUGUUUGAAAACAUUGUUAUGGAAACCCUUCAUACAUUAGAAGAAAUAACAACUGAGUCAGUACCAGAUGAAGAUAAGAAUCAUGGUCGUAUCAAGCAAAGAGGAACAGAAUUAUUCAAGGAAAUGUUUUUGGCAUUUAUUGAUUGUCUGCAGCAGUUAGCUUUCCAACCAGAACAAGAUCAAUCAGAUAGGACAUCAGUUUGCAGUCAGUCGGAUGAGUAUUUAGACCGAUCAACAUACUCUCUAGACGACAAUAUACCAGUGACUGAUGAACGAUUGCUGAUUGUCCUCAACAACUGCAGAUAUGUAAGGAAGCAUGUGUURACCAAACUAGUGGCAAGUUUCAAAAAGCAAGCAUAUCCCAUGAGUGAYCAACUAACUCAGUCUCUUCAGGGAGAAUUGACAAAACUUGAAAAGAAAAUAUUUGAUGCCUACAUCGAGCAGAAAGCAGAGUCACUUGUUGGYAACUUGGAACCAGGGAUGUCAGCUGGGGACUUUAGAUGGUAUGACUGCCUGCCCCCCAAUGAUGUUCGUAACUACGUUAAAGAAGUCGUCAUGAAUCUUGUAGUGGUUCAUGCACAAGUAUUCUCCGUGUCAAGUGACUUGCUACCUCAGGUUCUUUCAGCACUCACAGGACUUCUUGCUGAAGAAUUCAAAAGAUUACUUGAUAAAGCUGGUCAAAGUAAAAGGAAGUUUAUGUCUGCUGGAGCAGUAACGGCACAUUUAGAAUCCAGAGCUCUGCAGGAAGCGCUAAUGGCGUACUUGACCCCACAAGCAAGGGCUACAUUCCUUGGAGCUCUUGAAGUCCUCCCACCUUUAUCUAAAGAAUCUGAUAAAAAGUUGAUAGAUGCAUUGAUGGUMACAUUUAAAAGAAAGAUGGCGCUCCAAUUGCUGUGUUUCCAAGUUGAUAUGGACGAGUUUUAGUCAUCACAUCUGCCAAUCAAGAAACCUUUGUCAAAUGGGAUAAGCGAAGUCUUGUUUCUUCAGUAAUUUGUCUCUWAGAAUGCUCAGUACGGGAGAGGGCGAAAAAUGGCUUUUAACGCRCGGACGMAAACAAUGUUAAUCAGACGAUGUGCUAAACAAUCAAAUUAUCUUAAAACAAAUUUUCAAUAAAGUACAAUAAAAUACAAUUCUACUGCU